AUAUAUAACUGCUGAGCACUUGUCAAUUUGCUUCAGGUAGAGGUUAUAUGUAGUUAUAACGCGUAUUUUACUCGAGACGGUGUUUAAUUUCAAUAAAGUUUACUAUACUUUUUAAAAAUGAGUCUGGUUGCAUAUGGCAGUAGCGAUGAAAAUUCAGAUGAGGAAGAAAAUAACUCUGAUACUGGGGAUAAGAACCAGGUUUUGACCGAAAUUGUAACCACCCAAAAAACAACUGACAAAUUAUGCUUACCUGUUCCAAAACACUCUGAAAAAGUUGAUGAAAAUAAUGUUAACACAGGCACAUUAGAAAAGAUUCAUUUUGAUAAGUUACCUAAACCUAAAAGCAUAAUCAAUGAAAUCGAAGAUAUUAUAGAAGAAGAUGAUAUUCCUUUGAAAAAAGAAAUUGAAUUAAAACCUGAGAAGCCAAUGAAGAGAGAUCGUGUACCAGUUAAAAUAACAGUACCUUCCCUAUCUGAUUUUCAAGAUGUUGAUGAGGAAAAUGAAACAAAGUCUAAUAGGAUUAAACCAUCAAACAAAGGUACCAAACUUUUUGCCCUACUACCACCACCAAAAGGAGCUGAAGUGAAAAAUACUAAUAAAUUAGUACCGACUACUGUCAGUAAAACAGCUGUAAAAAUAAGUCAGGAAAAAGUUCAGACCAAUAAGAAGAUAAAAGAUGAUUCACAUACAAAUAAGGUAUCAAAAACAACAGCAACAACAACAAGAGUUUCUAUGGAUAUAAGUUCUGAUGAAGAUGAAGAUGAUACAGUUGUAAACAGUAAAAGCAGUAGUGUUACUGAUUUCUUUGCUUUGUCAGCAACUAAAAUUGUAUCUAAUCCUGAUGUAUCAGAAUCUUUUGAAAGUAUUGCAGAUUUAAAACCAGAAUCAAGUAAGAUUGAUUCAGAAGAAGCCUGUAGUCAAGAUAACCAGAAAACUUUAGCUUCUGUAGAGUAUGAUAUUUUAAGCUUACCAAGGGAAGAAAUAUUACUUAAAAAUAAGGCAGAAGUGGGCCCAAAAUUGCCCGUGCCUGAACAAGAAUAUAACAUUGAUACCGAAGGUAAUGUGGCCUUUGAUGAUAAAGCUAUUGAAUAUCUUUGUGGGAGAAGAGGAGUAAAACGAAAACCGAAAGAAAUUAAAGACGUAAAUAUUAUUGAAAUAAAUGGAGAAGAUAUAAAACCAGAUGAAAGAGAAUGGCUAGUAAAAGCAUUAACAGAAGAGCCUGUACAAAGACCAGUUUCUAUGCAGGGUGGGGUUAAUUCUCAAUCUAAAAAGAAACAUCAAAUAACAUAUUUGGCUCAUCAAGCUAAAGCAAUGGAAAUGGAAUUAAAGAAUCAGUGGGCACAGAAUAGGUUGACAAGAAAACAAACACAAUCGAAAUAUGGGUUUUAAAUAAUGAACGUGUACAAUAACAGAUACAUAAUAUUCUAUCUUUAUUUUUGUAUAAAAAUGAAAAAAUAACACAUAACUGUAAUUAUUAUUAUAAUUUUAACUAUAACUUAAGAAUAACUUGUUUUUUCCAGAAAUGUAUUCUCCAAGGUUUCGUAUUCCUUCUGUUUAACUUCAAGCAAAGCUUUAGCUUGAAGUAAAUUUGGUGGCAAAUCACCAUACUGAUUAAGACACUGAUUAAGUUCUGCUAAUUCUCCUGACAUUUCCAAAUACCUAUUAUAUUUAUUUAAUAUCUUUUGUGGGUAAACAUCUUCAAUUUGCAUAUCCAAUAAAUCAGUUUCCAAUUUCUCUGUAGUUUGUUGGUAUUCUUGCAACUUUGUAGAUAAUGAAACACGAUUACAGUAAUUAUCAUCGUGUUCUUUUUGAGCAUCUUCGAUAAAACUCUCAAGAGAACUUACAGCUUCUUGUAAAUUAUUCAGUUUUUUUGAAAAUAUAGUAUGUUUUCUGAAAA